AGGUUACAAACUCACUCUCCCUCUCUCUCGCACAACGUACGACUCUCUUAUGAAAGCCCUUUUCAUGGUUAUUGCACUUAGGAUCGGCCUUUGAGCAUCCUGCUUCGUUCGUUGAUGCGAGUCUUAGAAUUUGAAACACAGAUCGUGGCCUCACUCAGAGUCUGAAAUUCAAAGUUUACAGCUUCGUGGUAUGAUAUUGCUCAUAAUAAUCACAUACCAACAGGGGGAAAAAAAGAUUGGGUUUCGGAGAAUUUUUAGAGAAGAAGUGCUAGCAGAAAGAUUCUUUCGAUGUCAUUGACAUAAGAGACUAACGAGAUAUUAGUUGCAAUCACAAGGAAAAGACAUGAAAAACUAGCCCUUCGUUUUCACAUUUUGUAUUCCUCUGGGCUCUGCAUAAUUUAGGCAAGAAGUGUUAGAAAGUGAUCUGUUCAUGCGGGACAUUUGUGCGGAAGUCUAAAUAUGCUGAGCUCUGGUGGAGAUAUUGAUGAUGUGUUCUUCGACUCAGCAGAUUAUCUGUCACCUCAAGAAUCUGAUUCAUGUUCCAACGAGUUGGAUUAUGAGAUUUGGGUCAAUCAGCCUCAGAGUGUGAAGGAAAGACGACAACGUUUUCUUGAGGGAAUGGGUUUAUCUGGUUUGUCUGUCAUGUCUUCAAAACCCUACCUGGGACUAGAGAGAGUUAGGGACACCAAUGAAGCACUCUCAAAUGCAGAUGAGAAAGAAACUUCUGAAGCAAACAUUCUCUUUGAUGAAAUAAACAUGUGUCCUAAAGAUGAAGUAGAUGUGAGCUUUCAUGAACACAGAAACACAGAAGCUGACGUCCAAGAAGGACAUGGGGAUUUAGGCAUGGAUAAAAAGAAGAAGAAAAACUGGUGGAAGAGAUUUUUGAACAAGAAGAAAGAAAGCGGCAGAGAAAAAAUUAGAUUGCAACUCAAUAAAGAGGCAAAUAAAACUCAUAGGAUAAAGGUGAGGCAGCACAAGAAGAGGUGGAUGGAGUUAAGUGGGUUAUAUGUUGGACAAGAGAUUACAGCUCACAAUGGCUUUAUAUGGACUAUGAAAUUCAGUCCCAAUGGAGAGCAUCUUGCAACAGGAGGUGAAGAUGGAGUUGUGAGAAUAUGGCGUGUUGUGUUACAGGAUACAUCUAGUGACUGUUUCAACGCAGAAGACAGUCUUGUUAGCAAAGUGAAACAAGACGUGUUCUGUUCUUGGAAAAAACAGUCGAGUCAACACUACCUUGUCCUUCCAAGCAAGGUUUUUCAAAUUGAGGAAUCACCGCUGCAAGAAUUCUAUGGUCAUUCCAGUGAUGUCCUGGACUUGGCAUGGUCUAAUUCGGAAAUUCUUCUUUCAUCUUCCGCGGAUAAAACUGUCCGUUUGUGGCGAAUCGGUUGUGAUCAGUGCUUAAGUGUUUUCUGUCACAAUGAUUAUGUGACAUGCAUUCAAGUCAAUCCAGUUGAUGAAAGUUACUUCAUCACUGGGUCUAUUGAUGGCAAAGUCAGAAUAUGGGGAGUACAUGAAGAGAGGGUCGUUGAUUGGGCAGAUAUACAUGAUGUGAUAACUGCUAUAAGUUACAAGCCAGAUGGGAAGGGAUUUGUAGUUGGCUCCAUUUCAGGCACUUGCCGCUUUUAUGUUGCUUCAGAUAAACAUUGCAGACUUGAGGCACAGAUUCAUGUUGAUGGAAAGAAGAGAUCAAGGGGCAACAAAAUUAGUGGCAUUCAGUUUUCUCAGGAGGAACAUCAGAGAGUUCUAAUCACAUCAGAAGAUUCCAAAUUUUGCUUGUGGGAAGGGAUUGAUGUUGUCCAUAAAUACAGAGGUCUUUCCAAGUCGGGGAGUCAGACGUUUGGUUCUUUUACAUCAAAUGGAAAACACAUAAUUUCAGUCGGAGAGGAUUCUCAUGUUUAUAUCUGGAACACAAGUGACUUCAACAAACAAUCACCUAAACACAGAAAAACCAAUGGAUCUUGUGAGUACUUUUUCUCUGAAGGUACUGUUAUAGCAGUGCCUUGGUCAGGCAUGAGCACAGACCAGAUAGUCCCAAGUUUAGCUCACUGUUCUUCGGAGUUGCAGAACCAAAUGGUUGAAGAUAGAGAAUGUUUCUCUCACAGCAACUGGUUCUCCAUUGAUCACACAUGUCGAGGUUCUGUGACGUGGCCUGAGGAGAAGCUCCCUGUACUUUGGAAUUCACAUUCUGCAGUAGAAGAUGCUCAUAGCCAUCAACAGAAGAUGACAUGUCCAAAGGAUCCUUGGGGUUUGUCAAUUGUGACAGCCAGUUGUGAUGGAACUAUAAAGACAUUUCACAACUUUGGAUUGCCUGUUAGGCUUUAGAAAUAUUUCAUGACUUUCUUCUUCUCAGUAGUAACUACAUCUCAUGUGCCAGGUUCUUUUGCUUGGUCUGAAAUAUCAAAUGUGAGCCCGGCCUUUUCCCAUUCACUUCUUAGGAGAAAGGUCUUACAAUUGUUUUUGGGUGUGAAUACUACAUUAAUUCACAUUAGAGAAGAGAUAAAAGAAAUGCAAUUUUGUGUUAUAUGCCAUUAUUUUGGAUUCCAUCAAUGUUUAUGUAUUGACUAAACACGUUUUCUCAUAUAUAUUACACAAAAUUUUAAAAA